GCUGGGAGGCCAGCGCCCGAUGGAAAAGGCCACAAAUGAAUAUAAUACCAGUGAGGACUGGGGUCUUAUUAUGGAUAUAUGUGACAAAGUUGGAAGUACUCCUAAUGGAGCAAAAGAUUGCCUUAAAGCCAUUAUGAAAAGGGUAAAUCAUAAGGUCCCACAUGUGGCAUUACAAGCACUAACACUGUUAGGAGCCUGUGUAUCAAAUUGUGGGAAGAUUUUUCAUUUAGAAAUAUGUUCACGUGAUUUUGCAAGUGAAGUUCGUGUUAUAAUAAAUAAGGCUCAUCCAAAAGUGUGUGAAAAGCUUAAAGCUUUAAUGGUGGAAUGGUCAGAAGAAUUUCAAAAGGAUCCUCAAUUUAGCUUAAUAGCCGCAACUAUUAAAUCUCUUAAAGAAGAGGGAAUAACUUUUCCUGCAGCUGGUUCUCAGACUGUUCCAAGUGUUGCCAAGAAUGGUGCAUCAUCAUCGAGCAAAAACAAAGAAGAUGAAGAUAUAGCCAAAGCUAUUGAAUUAUCUUUGCAAGAACAGAAGCAGCAGCAAAUGGAAACUAAAUCUUUAUACCCAUCUGCAGAAAUUCAACAGAACAAUCAGAAAAUCUCAAGGAAGGUGCGAGCUCUGUAUGACUUCGAAGCUGUGGAGGACAAUGAGCUCACCUUUAAAAGUGGAGAAAUUAUUAUUGUUUUGGAUGACAGUGAUACCAAUUGGUGGAAAGGUGAAAAUCAUAGAGGAGUAGGACUUUUCCCAUCUAAUUUCGUAACCUCUAACUUAAACGUAGAACCUGAAACAGCGGCUGUGGAUAAAACCUCUGUUACUGAAGAUACAACAGAAGAAAUUAAGAAAGCAGAACCUGAACCAGUUUAUAUAGAUGAGGAUAAGAUGGAUAAAGCACUUCAGGUACUUCAGAGUAUAGAUCCUACAGAUUCAAAGCCAGAUUCUCCAGACCUUCUGGACUUGGAAGAUGUCUGUCAACAGAUGGGUCCUAUGAUAGAUGAAAAGCUAGAAGAGAUAGAUAGGAAACAUUCAGAAUUCUCUGAGUUGAAUGUGAAAGUACUAGAAGCCUUGGAACUCUAUAACAAGCUGAUGAAUGAAGCACCUUUGUAUUCAGCCUAUUCAAAACUCCAUUCUCAAGCACAAUAUCCACCUACAUCAGCUGGUGUUCCAGUGCAGCCCUAUCCACUACAGCCACCUGGUGGGAACUACAUGAUUCAGGGUGUUCACCAAGUCACUCUUCCCCAAGGUUACAGUCUAGGACCCGAUCAGAUGGGCCAACUAAGGUCUCUGCCUCAGAGUUUAAACACUUCCGGAGCAACUCAGCCUGCUCAGACUGCAUAUAUAAGUGCUGGACCAGAUUCUGUGUCAAACCCCACAUAUAUGAACCAGAACUCUGGCCUUCAGUCAGCUACCAGUCAAGCUGCUUACACCCAGCAGAUGGGAAUGUCGGUGGAUAUGUCAGCUUACCAGAACACUACGUCUAGUUUGCCUCAAGGAACAGGCUACCCUAUGGCAGUUUCCGCUCCUUCAGUUCUGCCGCCACAAACAAAUUACCAUCAACAGCCUCUCCUUUGAAAACAAACUAGGCUUAUAUUUCUGAAAGAGUUUCUAAAUGUUGCUGAACCUAAUGAUUUAUGACUGCCUGUCAUUGAUCUCAAAGUAUAUUUUCAACAACCCAACUUGCGUUAUUAUGCAAAGUAAAACAUACUUUGUUUGACUUUUUUGUUCAGAAUCGCCCUAGACAUGAUUUGAGCUAGAUUAACUAACUAAAGUUUAUGAUUUCAAACCCAAAGUGAGUAUCAAUCAACUAAAACACUCCCUUCAAUCUCUUGAAGCAUCACUUUCAAAUCUAAAAUUAAGUAAUAGAUUGUCCAAAAGAGAAUUGAUUCUUUUUUUCAGUAUGUUUCUGAAAAAUUGAGGUUGUUUUAAAAUCAGUUCUUUGUUGCUUUGUCUGUUACCCUUUUGCAUUUUUUCCAUCUCAUUGACUUAGGGAAACCUUCAUUUAAGUGGUGUUUUUUGAUUUAGACGCGUUGUAGUCUUGUUUGCACCAUUGUCAGCUCUACUGUGUGGAUUGUAUUACAUACCCAGAACAAUUGCAUGGUAAAGAAAAUGUGAACUCGAAGAGGAAAUUGUUUUGAAGACAUGGCAAUGAGGACCAUGUAAAUACAAAAAUGAAAAAUGUUAAGAUUUUCUUCUAUAUUACAGCCAGACUGGAUUUGGAGCUCUGGAGGUCUCCUCUUUCCUCCACCAGGUGUUGUGUUGGUAGGGAGCUGUUUCACUGCUUCUCUAUAGGAGUUUAUACUUUAAGCAUCAGAUGUUUCAGAAGGGCAGGCAGGGGCAGCUGCAAACUGAGAGCACUCUGUGGUUGCAAGUUACCUAGCCAGGAAACUGUGAUCUCUCUCCUUUGUGGUGGUUUAGGAAUGGGUAAGGAAUAGGCACCAAAAUGCUUGUAUUGAGGGACUAUGAAGGUCUGCUUUGUUUUCCUCUCAAAUAAUGGUAAGGUGGAGAAGACCCCCAGGAGCAGAAUUAUCUUUACAGACCAGGGAACUCUUGCUACCUUUGAUUCCCCUCCUAACCCCAGCUGUCAGUCACUUGUCUGGAAUAAAUAUCAAUCUAGUAAUGGAAAAGCUCUUACACCACUUGAAAACAUUGGUUUAGACCGCUGUGUAAAAACAGGGGAUGUGUUCUGGGUGGUGGAAUUAUAUUUUCUUUAUGCAUAAAGAAUGGGUACAUGUUGAAAUGAAAAGGAACUGCUUUGUACUUGUGGAACUGUAGCAUUCAGCAGAUAAAAAAUCUGAAUACAUUUUCCUGCACUUUUUAAUGGGUAGCUUUUGUAAAGGGUAGAAGAACUAGAAGAGUUGGAUAUUUUUUCACGAAUACAGGACUUCUUUCCUUUUAUUGUUUUUACUUUGGAAAUCUGAACAUCACUCUCUUCCCACCUACUUAAUCAGCUCAGUAAUGUAAUCAUAUUUAUAAAUAUUUUAACUUUAUGAAUGGCUUAUCUUUAGACUGAGGAAAAUAAUGGACGAAAGCACUUGGAUAAAACCAUCCGAUUAAAUGCAUGGAAUUGUUGAAAGCAUUUCUGCAUAUGAAUGUUAUGGUGUAUAAUUUUUCUAUCAAAUGAAAACUAUUACACUGUAGAUCCUACUAGUGUUCUCCCAAAAUAAAAUGUACGCUCAAUUCAGUGCCACCUCCAUUUCUUGUACUGUUACUAAAUUGAUUCAGUAGUAUGAUUUUGUUCAAUUGUGGCUUCAUAUUAGAACAAAGUGUUUGGUAAUUGUUCUUUGAAUGGUACAAAUUCCAAGUGUGCAUAACUUUUGCAAAUUUUUUGGCAUUUAAUUUUCACUUGAAGCUGUUUAAUAAAAACUACUCUAGUUGGCAUCAUAUCCGUGUUUUGAUAACACAUUCCUUCAUUCCUUUUUUAAAAAAUAUCACAAAUUCAUUUCAAAUGGUGAUUUUUAUUUAUUUUUUAAGGAUUUCUAACCAUUUGGAAAUUCUUUAUGCAAGGACUUGUUCUAGUCAAAAAUAUAUUGAAUCAAAUUUAACCCUACUAACAUUUAUGUAGAAUCAAUCACAUUUGUCAGUAAAAUAUACAGGUAAGUUUUUGUUUGAUUUAUAGUCUCUGAUCCAUCAUAAAUAUUGUCCAGUAUCUUAAAUUGGGAUGACAAGCAUUGACCAGUUACUGGAUUAAUGUUUGAUUCAAAUUUAGUUCUUAAUAUAAAUAGUGUAUAUACUCAUUUGUCUGAGGCUUUAUGCACAUUAUGACAUAUACAUUCACUCUAUAAAUAAACCUGAAGUUUUAUAUUGCAGGAUUUGGCAUCCCGUCAUUUCUUGUAAGCCUAAUUCUUUGAUGCAUUUAUGCAAUUUGUAGAUAGUGUAAAAUAUUUUGAUUUUUGUCAUUAAAAUGGUGUAUUUAGAGGGUUUGGUGUUAAUGGGAUCACUUUUUCUCUUCAUACUUCAAAACAUUAUCAUAUUUAUUUUUAAGGCCUGAUUGUAACUAAAUAUACUGCCAAAGGAACUAUCUAACUUCGGAUUUCUACAUUAGGUUUAUACCUACUGUUUUAUACCGGGGUAAAUAAUAGAGAAUGUCUGCUUUUUCAAAUAAAUCCUUAAUGUUUAAAAUAGAAAAACUAUUCAACUUUAUAAUGAGAAUUUUAUUGUACUAUUUGUUUUAUUGAUGUUGAAGAUGUUAAUACAGGAUAAGCUUUCUUCUAGUAUGAGUUUUGGAAACCUAAGAAAAAACCCUGGAAUAAGAAAUGUCACUUUCGAUUGACUGUUAUACACGGACAUGCUUUAUGAACGACUGUUUCCAAGAGCCUGCAUUGACAAACAUCUUGUCUGUUUUUAAACUAUGGAAAUUGAAAAAUAAAAUCAGUAAUGUAAUUGUUAAAAUUUUAAAAAACA